AUGGGUUCUAACGCGGGUAUGACAUUGGACCAGAUCCAACUCAUUAAGGCGACCGUGCCAGUGCUGGAGCAACACGGUGGGACAAUCACCACCGUCUUCUAUGACAACUUGCUGAAAGCCCAUCCUGAGCUGAACAACGUCUUCAAUACCGCAAACCAGGUCAACGGCCACCAACCUCGCUCCUUGGCUGGCGCUCUGUAUGCGUAUGCCUCGCAUAUUGAUGACCUGGGAGCACUCAGCCCUGCGGUGGAGCUGAUCUGCAACAAGCACGCUUCGCUAUACAUUCGGCCCGACGACUACAAGAUCGUCGGCAAGUACCUGCUCGAGGCAAUGAGUCAGGUUCUCGGCACCGCGUUGACGCCAGAGAUCCAUGCUGCAUGGGCAGCGGCGUACUGGCAGUUGGCGGAUAUCAUGAUCGGCCGCGAGAACCAGAUCUACCAGCAGAGCGAGGGCUGGACGGACUGGCGCCAGUUCAAAAUCGCAGACAAGAUCAGGGAGUCUGACGAAAUCACCUCCUUCUAUCUUUCCCCAAUCGACGGCAAGCCGCUUCCUCCUUUCCAGCCAGGCCAGUAUAUCUCGGUAAAGCUGGAUAUUCCUGCCCUGAAAUACGCGCAGUGCCGUCAAUAUUCGCUCAGCGAUAAGCCCUGUCCGGACUACUAUCGCAUUAGCGUGAAGAAAGAGCAAGGGCUCAAUGCUGCCGAACCGGGAUCCACCGCUUAUCCGGGCUAUGUCUCGAAUAUCUUGCACGACACAUUCAAGAAGGGAGACACCAUCGACGUUUCGCACCCAUGUGGCGACUUCUUCCUCUCUUCGACUAAGCCUGAAAUGUCACACCCAGUCGUGCUCAUCUCCGCCGGCGUGGGACUUACCCCCUUGACCUCCAUGAUGAACACUUUGACUACCCAGUCGCCCUCCUCGCAGCGCCAUAUUCACUUCAUCCACGGCGCACGCACUUCUGGGGUGCGAGCCUUCAAGGAUCACAUAUAUUCACUCAUGAAAGAGCACCCGAACCUGCAGACGAGCUUCUUCAUCAGCCAGCCGUCAGUGGAAGACAAGCAAGGCGUGGACUAUCACCACAUCGGACGCGUGGAUCUGGCCAAAAUGGAUUCAAACAAAGACCUCUUCAUCGACAACCCGCACACGGAGUACUAUAUAUGCGGCCCUGACAAGUUCAUGACAGACAUAGAGGCCAGUCUCAAGGCCCAGGGAGUCAGUACCGACCGCAUUAAGAUGGAACUGUUUGGCACUGGCGGUGUUACGCGCUAA